AAAAGAGGGUCUCGAAAAUAUCACCGAUAUGAUGGUGGAAUCAGAUGGAACAACAGACGCAACCCGCCGCCUUAAUGUAAAGAAGCAAACCCUAGAUGAUGCUUACGCUGUUCCCGCAAAUUUCCUGGAAAUCGAUGUGGUCAAUCCACAAACAUCUAUGACGGCGGGAAAAAAACGUUAUACAGAUUACGAGGUCAAAAUGAGGACAAAUCUUCCUGUUUUUAAAGUAAAAGAUUCGAGUGUAAGACGUCGUUAUAGUGACUUUGAAUGGUUAAGAAACGAGCUGGAACGUGAUAGCAAAAUUGUUGUACCUCCUUUACCUGGUAAAGCUUGGAAAAGGCAAAUGCCAUUCCGAAAUGAUGAAGGCAUUUUCGACGAAAAUUUUAUUGAAGAGCGACGCAAAGGUUUGGAAGCGUUUAUCAAUAAAAUCGCGGGCCAUCCCUUGGCCCAAAAUGAGAGGUGUUUACACAUGUUUUUACAAGAAACUACAAUCGACAAAAAUUAUGUUCCCGGUAAAAUACGCAAUACUUAAAAGGAUUCAGAAUGUAAAAAAAUGA